UCAGAACUCAAAGGCAGCUACGCAGAACGGCAAGUCUUUAAGUACUUCCCUGUGAUAGGAUAAUAUCCAAGGAAUCCUUUUAGUAAGAGGGGAGUGUUAUCAGCACUAAGAGAAGUGAAGUUUUACAGAACAGUUUCACAGGACUACUGUCAGUGAAGAUGUACAGCAGAAAGAUAACAAGAAGUGCAGGUCAUGUUACUGCAGCUGACCUCAGCUGUUUGGUGAAAGAGGAAAACAACAAAAGAAAAGAAUUUUUCACUGCAGAGUGGCGGGAUCUUACACUAUCCACUAGACCUGAACCAAACUGCAAUUUAAAUGAAAUGAACAAUGCUCGUAAGGAGAGCUACAGAAGACAGCACCAAACCCAGUUUGUGGUGCAGCAGUCCCCCUAUAACAUCAUGAGAAUGGGUCGUUUUGGAGAGAAACUGACAGAGUACAAGCUGCCUUACAAGAGUGGGUUACCAGUACCAGUAUUCAAACCUGUGGACCUCUCAGCCAAAUUUGAAAGGGUUGCAACCCCACCAGAACUACAGAACCUAAUUGAGUUUGAGAGAGUCCUUAGCAAUGAUGGCUCAUGCCAAGAGAAGCGUGAGGUUGCACAGAUCAAGAGUGAGCUUCCUCCAGUCAUUCAGCCAAGUAAACUACGGCGAACCUUCUCCCGGUCCAUGUCCCAAGAGGCUCAGAGGGGUUAAGAUGUCCUUUUGUGGUCAAAUGGAUGCUGAACAUUAGCUUUGCUUAAGCUGUCAGACUUGUUAUUUUUUUUUUUUUUACUCCUGUAAUGAUGGGUGUGGUAAUGACAUUUGCUGACAUGGAAAUAUUUUAACCCAGCAGCCUAUAGUUCUUACAGUCUGGACCUGCUAAUAUAAUGAGAAGCAGAGAACAAAAUUAAUAUCUGUUUGGAAUGCAGAGUCUCGCACACUAGGGAUUUAGCUAUUAAUUCUCCAAUACAAGUGAUAGCUUUUAUUUAUAACUUAUACCUGUACUUCAAAUGCACCAGUAAAUAUAGGUAAUACAGCACAUAUGAAGGUAUGAUUAAAUAAUAGUGUGCUGCAGGUAGCUAAUAAUGUCACACUAUUUACCUGCAAAUUCCUCAGCUAUUAAAACGUACAAUAUAACAACAUCAAUAAAUAUAUAGCACAUAGUGCUAUCACACAUUCUUUGCAAAAACACAUUUUAAAUGACGUAUAUGUCAUAUUAUACACACAUAAUAUAUACUAUGCAUAUACACACACACACACACACACACACACACACACACACACACACACACACACACACACACACACACACACCCAUAUUAUUUGACCUCACCCAUCUUUUAAAGCACUUUAAUUUUAAUAUUUAUGUGAAAAUGCAUGUAUUGUUGUAAUCAACUGUUUGGUACUCGCAAAUGCUAAUGCACUUUUAUGGCUAUCAUAGUAUAUUUCAGACACCACAGUACAUUUUUUGAGCUGAAGGAAGUGUACAUGCUAUAUAUGUAUACAAACAAAUGUACCUCCAGUAAUUUGCCAAACCAGCUUUCUGUUGUGUAUGAUCAUGGCAGUAAUUCAGUGCACCUGAUUUUCAAACUAUGGCAAAAGACUGGUAUUGUUCCUGACACAAUAAUUAUGUUUUUGGCAAUGCACAAUGCCCUUUUGUUAAAGAUGAAUUCAAUCCUUACUCAUACACUAAACACUUGAAGCUGGUUUUGUGAAAACAACUCUCUAAAACAUACCAAACAAGAAAAUGAUUUGUCCUACUUCUGAUAUUUGCAUCAAAAUUUCUGCCAGUUACCAUUCAAAUUACUGCUG